AUGCCAUUAACACCGAGUCCAACUCCGACUCACAAGAAGGUGAAUUUUCUUGUGACUUCACGUUCUGUUGAUGCUGCUCCAAUUGUGGAUAGUGAUAGUAACAAUCUAGGGAAUUUGACCACAAGAGGAAAAUCGUCGAGUGCUAGAAGUAUUAUGCCGAAAUUGAACUUUCCGUAUAAUAGGACUUCAUCAUCUGAUGUUGAAAAGGCGAUAAGUUUGGCUCCGGAAAGUCCUUGUGAGAAGCCUUCUGUCUCUGGAUCAGGAUCAGUGUCUUUGAGUAAGCUGUUUGCUCCUAAGAUUUAUAGAACUUCUUCGCUACCGGUUGAAGAAAUCGGGCGUGUUAAUAAUGAGUUUGCUUUUGGUGGAUGUCUUGGUGCUUCUCCAUAUAGAAGCCAGGGAUCGAUAGCUCGUACUCGUUCAGAGCCGGUAGAUAGCAAAGAAAAAAUCAUAAGGAAAAUGGAUAAGUUUUUCCGCAUUAUUCCUUCCACCCCAGGUGCAAAGGAAGUUAAAGAAUGGUUAAAAGCUUCUGCAGAAAAGGAUACAGAAAAUGGCGGUGAUGACGGUGAAGAUAUAGCUGAAGAGGAAGCUGUGUGUAGGAUUUGUCUGAUUGAGCUAUGUGAAGGAGGUGAGACGCUGAAGAUGGAAUGCAGUUGCAAAGGUGAACUUGCAUUGGCUCACCAAGAAUGCGCUAUCAAGUGGUUCAGUAUCAGGGGUAACAAGACAUGUGAUGUGUGCAAGCAAGAAGUUCAGAAUCUCCCUGUCACUCUCUUACGCAUCCAAAAUGUUCAAACUCAGAAUACCGGAGCAAGGUCUCAGCAGGAAGACGACUUCAGGCAUGAAUUGAUAGAUAAUGCAGCAGCAAGUGCUCGAUCAUGGAUAGGAAGAGCUAAAGAAGCAGCAAGACAUGAUCAAAGAAGAUUAGAGAAAUUCGUGAAUGUUGAAGGAAUGAUACCCUCAUUAAGAGACCCGGAGCGCUUUAGUUUUUGGUUGGCUACCCUCUCCAAUCGGAGGCCUUCAGAAAGAUUGGAACUCCUACGCAUUAGAGAUACCAAAGAGCAAGGAGUGGAUAUCAAUGCAAUCGAUAGAAUUUUGCUUCAAUCUUCAAAGCCAUUUCUUCACACUAAUGUUGAUUGCAAUGCAUUAUUUGCUGCUGUGGUCAGCAGGCAGAUAAAUGUUGUUAAACUCCUUUUGCAGGUUGGUGUAAGACUUGAUAUCAAGGUCAAAUUAGGAGCUUGGUCUUGGGAAACAGAUACAGGAGAAGAAUUCCGUGUUGGUGUCGGACUAGCCGAGCCUUUUCCAAUCACAUGGUGUGCUGUAGAAUAUUUUGAAUCCACUGGCACUAUACUCAACAUGCUUCUCCAUCACCUCUCACCUAAUAGUUUUCACAUGGGAAGAACUCUCUUGCACCACACCAUCAUUUGCAACAAUGAAAGAGCAUUGAAUGUACUUCUGAAUAAUGGGGUUGAUACAGAAUUGGCCCUUCAAACUACUGAAGAAGAAACCAAUCUAUACCCUAUUCACAUGGUUGCACGCCUCGGACUAUGCAACAUUCUUCAAUGUUUGAUUAAUGGUAACUGUAACUUGGACUCGCAAACAAAACUUGGUGACACGGCGUUGAUGGUUUGCACAAGGUAUAAACAUGAGAAGUGUCUAAGAGUUUUAGUAUCAUCAGGAGCUGAUUUGGGGAUAGUAAAUUCGUUUGGUUAUUGCGCAACUUCAACAUCAACUUCUAUUCAUUGGACUAAAGAAUAUCAGAAAGCAGUUUUGGAUAUAAUUAGAGCCAGAAAGGUUGUUAAGUCUAGCAAUGCGUCUAGAUUUUCAUCUUUGUUAUUCGUCACUCACGCGAAUGACAUAGAGGCUUUGAAAAAAGUCGUUGAAAACAGAAACAUAAAUCUAGAUGAGCAAAAUGAGAGUGGAUUUUCAGCUGUCAUGAUAUCUGCUUCAGAGGGUAGCGUGGAGGCAUUCAAGUUGCUUCUUCAUGCUGGAGCUGAUGUAACCAAUCUUAAAAACAAAGAUGGUUUAACAGCUCUAGAUAUCAUAGAUUUGAAACAAAAUGGUGAAGAUGGUCAUAAGGUGAUGUUUGAAUAUGCACUUAAAAAGGGAUGUUUGAAUAUUAGUACUUUAGCCGAAGCGAAUACUCUUCACCGUGCAGCUUGUUAUGGAGAUAUAAACAUGGUUGAAAAACUACUAAAGGAAGGGAAUUACGAUGUGAAUGGUUUUGAUGAAAAUGGAUAUACACCAUUGAUGUUAGCUGCCAGAGAAAGUAAUGGAGAAAUGUGUGGCCUUUUGAUAUCUCAUGGAGCAAAAUGUGAUAUUAAGAAUGAAAGACAUGAAACAGCACUUUUACUUGCAAGAGAAAAAAAUUUGAAAGGAAAUGAUGCAGAGAAUGUGAUCAUGGAUGAGUUAGCUAGAAGAGUAGUAUUGUGCGGUGCGCGUGUGAAGAAACAUACAAAAUGUGGUAAAGGACUUUCAUGA